GUCACAUGAAACGUUUGCUUUAGCAAAUGUUUUUUCUUUUUUUUUCAAUGUACCAAUUUCGGUCUUUUUUCGCUGAAAAAUCUCGUUUGUAAAACUGAAACUGCAAUUUAAUCUGCAGGAAGUGUCAGAAAUUCAACAUGGACGAGGACGGGCUGCCAAUUGUGGGUUCUGGAGUUGAUCUUACCAAGGUUCCUGCUAUUCAGCAGAGAAGAAUUGUUGCCUAUCUCAAUCAGUUCGUUGUGCACACAGUUCGGUUUCUCAACCGCUUCUCCACAGUUUGUGAAGAGAAACUUGCAAACAUAUCUCUGCGCAUACAGCAGAUUGAAACCACUCUGUGCAUUUUGGAAGCUAAGCUGUCCUCCAUUCCUGGACUGGAGGACGUCACAAUAGAUGGAAUCAGUCAGCAGCAAACUGCGCAGGCUAAUGGACCCACUACUGCCACUCCGAGCCAAGCAGCUGGUCCACCAGCAGUGACUCUGCCACCUCCAGAGCCCGCUCAGGCGCCACCAGAAGCUGCACCCAUGCAGAAGGCAGAGGAAGCUGCAGAGAAUGUCAUGACAGUGGCCAAGGACCCGCGUUACGCUCGAUAUCUGAAAAUGGUUCAAGUGGGGGUUCCAGUUAUGGCCAUUAGGAAUAAAAUGGUCUUGGAGGGUUUGGAUCCCAACCUGCUUGACACACCGGAUGCCCCAGUUCCCGACGGAGGGACGAGAAGCACGGAGGAUCCAGAUGCUGCUGCCACCAGCUCUGACAGCGAAUCGUCUUUCAGCGACUGACAAACUCAUCCUCACCACAAAGCUUCCUGCAGCUUCCAGGCCAUGCAUCGCUAUCAGAAGCUAUGGGAGGUCCUUUAGGCCUGUUCUCAGAGGAGCACGAGUUUGCAGUGCGCCUGUAAAGGAGGUGCCAGCCAGAAGGAGCAGAUGUCAGUGUCUGAAACACAAUAUCGAUCUAGAGUGAUUGUAAUUUCAGUUUGAAUGAACUGAAAUGGUUCUCUUGUUGGUCAAUCAGACCUCGUCGAGUUUGAUACAUGAUAAGCGUUUUUGAUUCAUGAUACUUUUUUUUCAAAAACAGGGAAUUGUUUCCCCUGUUGUUAUGUGAGCACAUGGCAGUAGCAGGUAGUUUUUCUACAAAAUUAGUAAUUAUAGGUUUUCUGUGGUGGAGACGUUACUACCACAGUAAUGAAGAGAUUCACUCAUCACUUGGUAGCGCUGCCUAUUUUUGUUACAGGGUCCAGAUAAAGUUGAAAAAAAUAAUGUAUGUUGGAUAUUUGUUGUGUUAAGGCCAGGGAGGAAAAUAUGACAAUGAUUUUGUUCCAUUAUCGAUGGUUUAUAUAUCACAAAACCUGUUCAGUGAGUCACACAGCCUGUUGGGCAUCAAUCAUGAUUGACUGCAAAGUAAUGGGAAAUAACACAAGCAUUUUCUGCUGUUCUGGAUUCUUGAAUUAGCAGUUUCUCUACUUUUUAAAGCAGCUGCACUGUGCGAAACAAAAUGAAAACAGUUCAUCUCUUAUCACAAGAUAUUAUAACCAACCUGCAGUAAAAGGAUAAAAUGUAUUUCCAGUGUUUUACCCUGUUUAUUACUGCAUAGAAAAUGAGGUUUGCUUUUUAAAGUGACCACGUUGGAAGAGAGAUUACUACAGUAGAUUCAGUGUAAAGCCACUGAUAAUUUGACACUGUUCAUUUAGACAGAAUUACUGGCUUUAGAAAGUAUUCAGACCCCUUCAGUAAUUGCACUUUAUUGUACCAUAGAUUUAAAUUUAAAUGGAUUAAUUAUAUCUUUUGGUCAUUAAUCUACAAACAAAAACAAGAACCUUUUGCAAAAGAUUAUAAAUCCCAAAAAUGAAAUCUGAAUACUUUCUGGAGCCGCUGUAUGUGUCUUUGAUUUAUGAUAUAAAAGUCAAUAAAUAAUAAAUAGUGAUGUUUAACCUGGCUCUGCUUUAGACACUUCCAUAGCUAACAUUUUUCCAUUGACAUGCCUCUUAAUCUUGUAGUUUUAAUGCCAGGAAUAACAGUUGAUUGCACAAUGGCCACUGCUAGAAUAAAGAGUAAACAGUUUACACUAAGAAAUAACUCAGUGAUAAACACCAUUUGUAACAAAAAAAAAAAAAAAAAGGUAAACAACG